AUGACCAAGAGCACUGGCGGUGAGAAAACGCCAGUUCGCAAUGCAGGUGACAAUACAUCAGGCACCGGUGCCAAAGACCAAACUGGCGAUUGGGAGGCUGCAGCUCUGCGGGCAUCAAAACUGUCCGUGAAGGAAGUCAGGCAGCUCAUUAUGCAAUGCUCUGCUUCGGAGCAAUCCUCACCUGUGCAGCCACCGACAUUGUCGUCACCAAUCUCGGAUUCAUCACCAGAGUCUUUCUCGUCCGUGUCCGGCGGCAUCCUUACUCCUGGGGCGCUGUCUCGUAUGAGGACCGAUUUUUCAACUGCUUUCAAUGAUUACCAGGGAGCGCCAUGGCUGUUAUCAACUGGGACCAAUGCCGAUGAUACUCUCUAUCAGCAUGUAAUGACGUUGGAUGUAGAGUCAGCCUUGCACUCCUUUGUGUUGGACCAAACAGGAUCGGUUGUGUAUUGCUUUGAAGAAGGAGAUCGAGUCCUUUUCAAGGAUUUUGUCAGGCGACACGACUCCACGCCGCGACCGGCAUUGCCACAGUGGAUGCAAGAGGACAUUUUACGGUACUCGUUGGCGCCAGGAGCAUUGCGGGAGCAAUUGAGUUGUGGAUGGAAACAUUCUGGCCAGAAUGCUUUGCCUACCACAGUCGACGAGCGUGAGGUUGAUGACUUCCGUUUAAUGCUGUAUCGUGUGAUAUUACGUCUGUCCUCUCUUUAUGAGAAACAUGGGAACAAGCUACCGAAUUCGAUGUCUGAGUCCUGGUAUGCUAUGAAAGUCUGGUCGAUUUUUUUUGAAGUUUUAGAGUGGGGUAGUGAGGACUUGGAGUUUCAACCUGGUGAGGUGUGCUCGAAUGCCUCAUCUCUACGGGUUGUGACAGAUUUCUUGCUGCUCAGGAAUCGUAUGGAAGCAAUGGCAAGGCUUAUAGAGGAUUGGUCCAAUACUGAUGUCAAUGGACUCAAGGAUAUGAUGUCAGGAUCAGCUCGCUCUUCUACUCCACCAGCCCAUGCCCGCACUCUAUCUACGCCCAAAAACUCACCAAAGCGCCGCCGAGGAGGUCUUUAUUAA